AUGGUGUACUACUUUACUUCCAGCGUCGUUGACCCGCCGGGGUUCAUUUACGUCGGCAAGGACAAGUUUGAGAAUGAGGACUUGAUCAAGUUUGGCUGGGAUGAGGAUGUCUGGUUCCACGUUGAUAAGCUUUCAAGCGCCCAUAUCUACCUCCGCAUGAAGGAGGGCCAGCAAUGGGAUGCACUGCCAGAGGAGCUGGUCAUGGAUCUCGCCCAGUUGACCAAGGCGAACUCGAUCGAGGGAAACAAGAAGGACAACAUCACCGUCAUCUACACGCCCUGGUCCAACCUCAAAAAGGACGGCAGCAUGGCUGUCGGCCAGGUCGGCUUCAAGGAUCAACGCAAAGUCAAGAGGGUGCUCGUCCCGCAGCGUGAGAACCCCAUCGUCAACCGCCUCAACAAGACAAAGGUGGAGCAGAAGCCCGACUUUAAGCAGGAAAAGGAUGACCGUCUCAAGGAGCUGCGUCGGCAAGAUCAGGCUGCCCAGCAGCAGAGAAGAAAGGAGGAGGCGCGCCAGGCUCAGGAGUGGAAGGAGAAGAAGUGGCAGAAGGAUCACGCCUACGAUGAUCUCUUCACCGAUGAGAACAUGGCUGGCUCGAGCAACCAGGACCGCAACGAGGACUGGGAGGAUGACUUUAUGUAA